UCUUCUAAGAUCCCUUGGUGCUGUUGGCUCCUCCUCUUCUGUCACACUUGCAGGCUUGAUCCCAAGCCCUGUUCUGUGUGUCCAUUGACACACACACAGUGUAGUUUGGCCCUGCCCACCCAGGUUUCCCCAUCCAGGGGCGGACUGACCAUUUGGAAACUCGGGCACUUCCCGAGGGCCGGGUUCAGUAGGGGGCCCCAUGAGAUGCCCUUGGUACCUUUUUCAUAGGCUUUUUUGAGUUUGGGCAAGGACACAGGGGCCCCAUGAUCCCCUAUUGCCUGGGGGCCCCAUGA